UUCUGCCAGAUGAGGGUAACUUUUAAGGCUCAUACAGAAAGUGAUUAUUACAGAGUUUCUAAAGAAUCCAGAGGCAAUAGAGGAAUACAGAGUGUAUAUUGACAAAAUAUUGAGAUCCAGCCACAAUGUGAUGUGUUGCCUCGACAACGAUGACGCCCAUCCCGUCAUAAUGGGCAUCUCCAUAGUCAACCUCGCCUCCUCAGCAUAUUGGGAACUGGUAAACAGUAAACACUUUGUUAUUUUAUUUUUCCUUACAGUAUCUGCGAAAAAAAUUUAUUUUAGGUACAGCGAGCUGCAAAAGUGCAUAUAUAUGUAGGUGCGUUAUGAAUUCAGUUUCAUGGAAGGUGGCCAUGCACUUUUGCGGUUGGGUGUAGGUACAUUUACUAUUGAAGUAGAAGUUCAUCCGCACGAACGCAAAUAUCCACGCACGCACGCACUCACGCACACACUCACAGAGAGGGAGAGAAACUUAUUCGAAAAGAAUACAUACUGCGGUAUUCGAACUUCCAGAUAUUCACAAGAGACGACACGUACUAGAUCCAAUCUAGAUACGUUAUAGUAUAGAUAUCAACUAGUUCUCUUUUGCAGCGCAAUUUGGGCAACCAGUGUCACUUUUACGUUAGAUAGAGUAUGAUAUCUAUUAGAUGUGAAUUAGAUCUCUAAGUCAUAUCCUGUGGAAAUCGUUCAAGAGUAUCUCCAGAAUCGCGCAAAUGUCAAAUUUGACAGGUUAGAUCUUAUACAUAUUGUUAUCGUAUCUUGGUGAUGUCUACAAGAUGUCUAAUAGAUGUCUAUAUCAUAAUCCGAAUCGGGCCCCUAUAUUUAAUUAUUGGUAGGAGUGAUUGUUUUUUUUUCAGACUGCUGGUAAAGGAACACCAGAAGCGGUAAAAAUUAGUAAUAUGUACGCGGACUGUAUCCAAGCAUGUGACGUCAUGAAGGUGUUCAACCUCACGUCUUACUAUUCCGACAAAUCUAUAUUAGUACUACCGGAAUACAGAGGACUCGGAAUAGCAGAAAAGUUUCUGACAGUUAGACGGCUGAUGUGUGCAGCGCACGGCAUCUCCGUCACAGCAGGCUGGAUGACCGCCACUGCCACCCAGAUCGCGGCCAAGCGCGACGGCUGGGAGACCAUCCAUGAGAUCCCUUAUGACUUCUUCGCACGCAAGUACAACGUCACCUUCGAAAACAUUCCGCCCACGGUUAAACUCAUGGUGGGCAGGCCUGAUCCAGAUAACCCUGCUGCUAUUGAAGCCUAAUACAAUUAAUAUUAUACGAAACCUCUCUUUUUUGGACUGCGUCACUCAUUAGCGUUGCGUUGCCUCACCUUUGAAGCUAGGGAUGCUAUUAAUUGUCCUCAGAUACCUACUCCCGAAAUACAUGAACGGAUUUGUUCAGAUGGAUCUCAGUAAGACAAAAAUAUAUGAAUAGCUAUUUCGUACGUUCACUGCGGUAGGGGGUCUAAAAACUUUUACGAAGUAUGGUUAAUUACGAGUAAAUCUAAUUGUCGCAACGAAGGUGUUAAGAUAACGAUGGCCAGAUCGCGGUCAGAAUACAAACAUGGAUUUCUGACUUAACAGAAUUUAAAUUCAGUAUCUUACUGUAGGCUGUAGGUAUGGUAGGCUAAGGUUAUAAAUGUUAUAAUUACGGUCGACUUGAGCGACCGUCGCUAUGAUCUUUAAUCGGUAUUAUGAUGUGUAAUUAGAUUCUAACCUGUAACCCUCAGUAAAACAAUUUAGCGUGCCCGUGGCACGAGCAUUAAGUCUUACGAUAAUAAUUACGAAGCAACUUGUGUUAUUAUAUGUAUGAGUACUUACGGUUUACACUCCGGAUCUAAUUGUAAGAAAUUAUUCUGGAUACAAAAUAGUAGACUAUACAACAAGGGCAUACUCAUAAAAUGGGCAUUUAUGCCCGA